UUUCACUCCUUUAAUUUUUCACCAGCUGAUUCACAAAAUUCUCAAAUGGAUGUUCUGAUUUUGUAGCUGAAAAUAUCGUCUUGUUUAGAAAUUAGAUGUUCUUGGGCUGCUUUGUUAUUCUAGAAAUUCGAAUCAUAAAAAGCAAAUCUUGAAUCAGGUUCUUCAUUCCAGGAUUUCCCAAUGGUGAUGCAGUCUGAUGCUUAAGAUUUAUUCUUUUCCCUUUCUAUUAAUAAGGAACUCAUACCAACAACCUUGGAAGUCUGUCUAAAAAGAUGGAUAGCUGCACAGGAGGAGGAGAGGAUGAUGCAUCUAUCAAGGUUAAGGUUAAGGUCUUGUUCUUUGCUCGAGCAAGGGAUCUAACAGGAAUGGCAGACAUGUCUUUGGAAGUUUCACCAGGUACCACCACGCAUGAUUGCUUGAAUAAGCUUAUUUCCAAGUUUCCCGGACUUGAAGAGAUCCGUAACUGUAUGGUGCUUGCUCUAAACGAGGAGUACGCCCUUGAGUCUGUCGUUGUUAGAGAUAGAGAUGAAUUGGCUAUCAUACCUCCUAUAAGUGGAGGCUAGACGUUUUUCCUCCCCAUGUUCAAAUAUGAAUACUAACCAUACUCCUACAUUAUGAAGUUGUUUGUGAAUGUCAAGAAAAUCUGUUCAACUUGUUUAGUCUUAUACAAGUAAUAAUAGACUACAAUAUUUGAAGAA